UUUAGCAGCCGACUGAAACCGGGGCCAAUGCGCAGGCGCAGGAGCCAGCGCACGCGUACGAGCGUCAGAAUGCCUCCGUUGCUCCCAGCGUGCUCCGCGGUGUAGGUUUAUAGGAGGUGGGAAGGCGUCGUAAUGGCUGCAGCCGGCGCUGGCGCCACCCGCCUGCUUCUCCUCUUACUGGUAGUGGCAGCAGCGCCCAGCCGGGCCAGGGGCAGCGGCUGCCGGGCUGGGGCCGCUGCACGAGGGGUUGGGGCUGACGGCCGGGAAGGGGAGAGCUGUGGCACGGUGGGGCUGCUGCUGGAGCACUCCUUUGAGAUCGACGACACUGCCCACUUCCGGAAGCGGGGCUCCCUGCUCUGGAACCAGCAGGAUGGCACCUUGUCCCUGUCACAGCGGCAGCUCAAUGAAGAGGAGCGGGGCCGACUUCGGGACGUGGCAGCCCUGAAUGGCCUGUACCGGGUGCGGGUCCCCAGACAGCCCGGGGCCCUUGACAGCGCAGAGGCUGGUGGCUAUGUCUCUUCCUUUGUCCCUGCGUGCUCCCUGGUGGAGUCGCACCUCUCCGACCAGCUGACCCUGCACGUGGAUGUGGCUGGCAACGUGGUGGGGGUGUCCGUGGUGACGUACCCCGGGGGCUGUCGGGGCCACGAGGUGGAGGACGUGGACCUGGAGCUGUUCAACACCUCCGUGCGGCUGCGGCCGCCGGGCACCGCCCCAGGCCCCGAGACAGCAGCCUUCAUCGAGCGCCUGGAGAUGGAGCAGGCCCAGAAGGCCAAGAACCCCCAGGAGCAGAAGUCCUUUUUCGCCAAAUAUUGGAUGUACAUCAUUCCCGUGGUCCUGUUCCUCAUGAUGUCGGGAGCUCCGGAUGCCGGGGGCCAGGGCGGGGGCGGGGGCGGCGGCGG